GCAAUGCAUGACGUACAUCACGGAACUUGAUACUUCGCAAAAAUAUUGUAACACAAGUAUUUGCUUCGUCUUCAUUAAAAUAUGAAAGUUCAAAUUUUAUUUGUUCUUGCCCUUUUCGCCGUUUUCUACGGACAAACGCAAGUACAAGGCUGCUAUUCAGACAGCGACUGCUUCUCUAGCUUUGAAAAGUGUUGUAAACCGAGAUGGAGCAGCAAUGAAUGCGCUUAUAGCUGUGCGGGAAAGUCCUGUAAUUCCAACACUGACUGUGGAUCGGAAUACUGCUGCAAUAACGUCUGUCGUGGAAGCUGUUCAGGAUAUUCUUGCAUUCUUGAUUCGGACUGUGGUGGUUACAAUGAAUACUGUUGUAACUAUACUUGUAAGACAGGAACCUGUGGUUUGGCUUCUUGGAUUGUCGCUGUAAUAGUGCUUUGCAUUCUUGGUGGUGUGGCAACGAUUGUUGGCAUUGUGUUGUGUGUGUACUGUUCGAACCGACGUAGAUCGCCUGGCUUGGUAGUUACUGCAGUCCCAGUUGCGACAGUGCCAACAACUAGUAUGUCUAUGGUUGCUAGUUUAAGUCAUGAUAACUAUGUUCAAGGACCACCACCAGUCUAUCAAGACUAUCAACCGCCACCAGUCUAUCAACCGCCACAGCCAUGAGCCAUUGAAGUAAGAUAUCACAAUUCUGUAGGCCUAUACUAUAAAUAUAAUUUUUGUAUAUAUUUUUAUAUACAUUAUAUUUUCGACUGUAAAAUAUUAUACAGUUAUAGGAUGAGGCUAUUAUGUUAUCCGUAAUUAUCAAGGUCGAGGAAUAAAUUGUUUUAUGAAGUAACUUUCAGUUGCAUUUUUCGCUACUGCCCAGGAGUCAGGAGCAGUUUAUAUAUAGGUCUAUUAAAUAAAUGUACAAAUUUCACGCUCGAACUCCCAUCUAGAACUAGUUUUAUUCUUAAGCUGCCGCUUGUUACAAAAUUACAAAUUACAUAGGUUGACCACCUAUAGAUAACAGUAUACGCGAUCCGCUCUACACUACAGAGUACAUUUUCAGUUCGUAUUCAGAUUUGAAUCUGGUCACAAGUGUCGUGUACAAAAUGUGGAAUUACUCAGCCCUCUUUUCAUGGAAUAAACCUGAUCAUACAGGACAUCCAUCUUCAGAUCAUUUUCUAAUUUUUCUAAUUCUGCAAAAAUCGCGGAAACUACACGACCAACGCGUGAAUUCUCACUGCGCCAUGUUUGUCUUAAGCUGUCGGCAAAAUUAUUUUUCGCUGUGUAUCACAAAAUACGCGGGUGGUUCCCUAAUUUCUGAAAGACAUUCACUAUUUGUUAAUUAGUGAAUGGUAUAAAGCAAACUAGGUCUUAAAAACGUCAGUCAUUUACUCGUUUUGUCAGGAAAAAUCGCAAUUCGUAGAUCAUGAGACACGACUUUUGUAACCUGAAGCGAAUGUCAACAACACAGCUGAGAAUAUUAAAACACUUCUCGUGCGUCACACGCUUAAUUUAGAAUAUUCGUCUGCGAAAGACAUUCAUCUGCAACUAUCACAAAAUGAUAUGACGCACUUGUCAUUUUCAAACAGCGUGUUGUUUUGGCACGAAAAAUCGCAAAGCCGGUGUUGGAAUCGAAAAUCCGGACGGGCAUUAAGACCUUAAUAUAAACAGUUCGUUUAGUCUGACAAAAAUUCACAGUGAAUCUUCACCAGUUGACUGUAAAUUAUGCUCAAAUUUGAAUUAUAACAAAAGUAGCCUAACACAAAAUUUGCGCAAAAAAGGGCAUGGAAUCGUUCUAUGGAAGAACGAUAGGAUGCACACGGAUUAAUUUGUCUCAGAUUCAUAUUUCAUGUGGUUUCAGAUCUUCAUUCAAAAACCGGGUGGGCAUCAAAGCCAUCAAUACAAUAACUUUCCCAAACGUUCGUUUAGACUGAUAUAAACGAUGUUUCGUUCGUCUUCACAGUGAAUGUUUACUUUAUUUAUAUUUUUCCUGCCAAAACAACAAGUUGUUUGAAAAUAACAAGUGCGUCAUAAAAUUUUAUUGAUAAGUUGUAGAUGAAUGUCUUUCGCAGAUGAAUAUUCUAGAGCAAGCGUGUGACGCGCGAGAAGUGUUUAUUCUCUCAGCUGGCGAUAUUGGCAUUCGCUUCUUUUCAGUUUACAAUGAAAAGACGUUGUCUCGUGUCUACGAGUUAUGAUUUUUCCUGACAAAACGAUAAACGUUUUUAAGACGUAGUUUGCUUUACACCAUUUACUACAGUAUAGGCUAAUAGUGGAUGUCUUUCAGAAAUUAGGGAACUACACGCGUAUUUUGCGAUACACAGCGAAAAAUAAUUAAAACAAAAAGCGUGGGGAAAAUUUUGACUGAGCCCACAAUGUCAUGCAUUGACAUGCUCAGCGACAUGACCAUUUUUCUGUGCAAUUUCUCGUUGUGGCUAGCAGUGUUGGUAGCCAGAUACGGUUUAAUUUAAUAAAAGAGGGUCUAGAUGGGGGAGUCUGAAAAUCAGUAAACGGUAAAAAUUUUGGUAUUUUAACGGUAACAAUCAGUAACAUUUUGGUAUUUUAACGGUAAAUCUUUGAAAGGUGUUCUGAAACGAUAAACAGUAUUUUUUUCCUCAAGAUUCACGCUAAAUUUUUAGUGUUUUCACGACUGAUGGUAGCCGAAAUUGAGUGAAUCACGAUUCACGACUUACGAUAUACCCCAUCAACACCUUCUUUAAAGGGGUUAGGUAAGUCUCGCUCCCCUAAUUUUUCGCUGCUCGCGCCUCAACCCCAACUACGCCAGCUAUCCAUAUUUUAAAAAUAGCCGUAUGGUUGGUGUGAUUAGGGCCUGAACUUCAAGUUAGUGAAUCACAAUACAGGUAGUGACUAUAAUAUUAUGUAGCAUAAUGGCUAUAAUUCACUUUACUCCAUUUCUGUUUUUCUCAGGUAUUAAAGCUCGCAAGAUACGACACGUUGUGCUGAAGUAACUUUCUAAUAGAUAGAUCUAGAUAUGUUGUAGUGAUAAAACAGCAGAAAAUGAUUGACUUCAUGCGAUUCCUAUAUAAAUUAAUUGAAUUACGUCACAAAUAUUACAAUUACAGAAAUACAUAUAAUAAUGGCUACAUGCAUAUACGUACAGAAUAUAUAGAGAACAAGUCUACUGUUUGAGUAGAAAAAAAACAGGAGUGUCUGAGACUGAGGAAAAUUAAACAUAACUUUCAUUGAACUGAUAUCAUUGAACCAUAUUACUCUAGUAUGAAGUUAGUUUGUAAGCUAGCAAACUUCAAAGUGAUCAUGAUAUUAAUAAAUUGUACAUGUAGAACCUAUAUGCAUGACCUUUUCAAUCAGCCCACGUCGUCAGCUCGAUACCUCUUGCUACAAAUUGAACUGCGUUAUUUUGAAAUUUAUGCGUGGCUAGUGUUAAUACAUUUAAAAUACUCAUUAAUAAUUCAUAAACCUUGUGGCAAAUCAUGUCAGCCAUAAUAUGUCACGUGGAGUGACUUUAUAUCUGAUAAAACACAUGUGGCAUUAUAUAAUUGUUCAUCUUAAUUAGCAUGAUUAUACUAUGG